AUGUCGUUCUCAGCCCUCGUUCACCGGGGCAUCCGCAGCGUUGUGGGCAACGACGGCGACGACGACCGUGAACGCGGCAACCAGCAACAGCAGCCAUAUCAAGUCAACACGAACAAGCUUUCAGAGCGUCUCUGGGACGUAUUGACCAGGACGUUUGACUUGGGCGUGACUGCCUUUGGUGGACCUCCAGUGCACUUCCAGAUUUUCCAUAGACGAUUUGUGGAGGGGUUAGGCAAAACGCCAUGGAUCGACGAACAGACGUUCCAAGAGGUCUUUGCAGUAUGCCAAGCUCUGCCUGGGCCAGCGUCAACGAAGAUGCUUUUUAGCAUAGCGCAAAUUCGCGCUGGACUCAUACCCGCCGUCCUCGUAUUCCUCUUUUGGUCCCUCCCAGGCGCGUCGGUCAUGUACGGGCUCUCCUUAGGAGUUCAGCGUAUCGACACCGUCCUCCCUUCACCAGUUUACGCCCUCCUUUCUGGCUUGAACGCAGCCACGGUUGGACUCAUCGCAUUGGCCGCUGUACAGUUGGCGCGGAAGGCUAUCACUGACAGGCUUACACGCUUGCUGGUUGUCCUUGGUGGAUGCGGAGGGAUGUGCUACAAUGCAUUGUGGUAUUUCCCCGUGCUCAUUAUCAGCGCGGGUGCAAUCACCGUGGUGUGGGACACCUGGAUGCGGGGAUGGAUAGCCAGGCUCCAGCAGAGGCGCUUAAAGCGAAAACGUCGCUCUUCCACCGCGCUUGGUAAUGCAGACCAAAACGCGAACCAAACCAUGGAGUCCGUUCCGCAGCCAGCUGGUGCUUCUGAGCAACAGGACGGGAUAGAACUCGUGCAGCGCAAAGCCGAAGUCACCCCCUCUGUAAAAUCAACUUCUUCAUCGUCCAAGACCACUGUGAAGCUGAACAUCUCCGGUCAUGGGAUACCUGUGAAGGUCGGGUUGGCGAUGAUUGCAGUGUUUUGGGCAAUCUUUGCAACCGUCAUGGUGCUUCGAGGUACACUCAAAGCCCCUCCCCUUCUAUUCUCACUCUUCAACAACAUGUUCCUUGCCGGUACCAUCAUCUUCGGUGGAGGCCCGGUGGUGAUUCCACUACUGCGAGAGUACGUUGUUGAACCCGGAUGGGUAUCCCCUCGAGACUUCCUCCUCGGCCUCGCCAUCAUUCAGGCGCUCCCUGGCCCCAACUUCAACUUUGCCGUGUAUCUCGGCGCACUUACCACCUUGAGCGCGGGAGGGUCCAGAUCAGCAUCGACGACCUUCCCCGGGGCAUUGCUUGCCUUUGUGGGUAUCUUCACCCCGGGACUCUGGCUUUGCAUCGGAUUCCAGUCCGUCUGGCGUGCCCUACGUGCGAAACCCAUCGUUACAUCUCUCUUGCGAGGUGUAAAUGCCGCCGCUGUAGGGUUGGUGUUCACUGCCGUCUAUCGUCUGUGGGAGAUCGGGUACUUGGCCGAGUCUGCCUCGACGGGAAUAAGCUUGGGCAGAGAACCCUGGUGGCUGGUUGUGGCUGCAUCCACUUUCACAGGGGUAGAAUGGUUCAAGGUACCGCCUCCAGUGGCAAUCCUAACGGGUGGAAUCGCGGGUCUCGCCUGGUAUGGAGUAGUUAGCAGAUGA